GAGGUCCUCGCCGGCAUCAUCAACAUCUUCUCGCUCGUCGGCUCGCUCGCGGCGGGCCGCACGUCCGACUGGAUCGGCCGGCGCUACACCAUGGUCCUCGCGUCGGUCAUCUUCUUCGCGGGCGCGCUCAUCAUGGGCCUCGCCCCGGGCUACGCGGUCCUCAUGCUCGGCCGCUUCGUCGCUGGCGUCGGCGUCGGCUACGCGCUCAUGAUCGCGCCGGUGUACACGGCCGAGGUCGCCCCCACCUCCGCCCGCGGCCUGCUCACGUCCUUCCCGGAGGUGUUCAUAAACACCGGGGUGCUCCUCGGCUACAUCUCCAACUACGCCUUCCACGGCCUGCCCGUGCACCUCAGCUGGCGCGCCAUGUUCCUCGCCGGCGCCGUGCCGCCGGUCUUCCUCGCUGUUGGCGUGCUCGCCAUGCCGGAGUCGCCGCGGUGGCUCGUCAUGCAGGGCCGCAUCGGGGACGCGCGCCGCGUGCUCGAGAAGACCUCCGACUCCCCUGAGGAGGCCGUGGAGCGGCUCGCCGACAUCAAGAGCGCCGUCGGCAUCCCCGAGGGGAUCGCCGACGACAAUAACGACGAGUUGCUCGCCAUCGUUCGCAAGAACAAGGGCACCCACGGCGAGGGCGUCCUGAGGGACCUGCUGCUCCACCCGACGCCGCCGGUGCGCCGCAUCCUGAUCGCCUGCCUCGGCCUCCAGUUCUUCCAGCAAGCCUCCGGCAUCGACUCCGUGGUGCUGUACAGCCCACGGGUGUUCGAGAAGGCCGGCAUCAAGUCCGACGCCAACACGCUCGGAGCCACCAUCUCGGUGGGCGCGACCAAGACGCUCUUCAUCCUCGUGGCCACGUUUCUCCUCGACCGCGUCGGGCGGAGGCCGCUGCUCCUCACCAGCGCCGGCGGGAUGUUGGUGUCGCUCGUGACGCUGGCGUCGACGCUGCACGUGAUCGCCCAGCGGGCCUCACCGGCGGACGGGGCGACGGCGCUGUCGGGGGUGAGCAUCGCGUCGGUGCUGACGUUCGUGGCGUCGUUCUCGAUCGGGAUGGGGCCCAUCGCGUGGGUGUACAGCUCGGAGAUCUUCCCGCUGCGGCUGCGCGCGCAGGGGUGCGCGCUCGGCACGGCGAUGAACCGGAUCAUGAGCGGAGCCAUCACCAUGUCCUUCUACUCGCUCUCCCACAAGAUCACGCUCGCCGGGAACUUCUACCUCUACGCCAGCAUAGCUGCCGCCGGGUGGGUGUUCAUGUACUGCUUCCUGCCGGAGACGAGGGGCCGGGGCCUGGAGGACACCGAGAAGCUCUUCGGUGGUGGCGAUGGCGUGGAGAAGGAAGACGGCCAUGGGCAUGCCAAGUCCACGGAGUUGACUACUCAGUAGUGAGUCAACACUGUAUGCGGUACUACAGUAGAGUACUAUUUAGCGGUCGUCCAAAUGCUUCAAUAGCUAGCCGAAUAUUCAUACUUGUGAGCUUGGAUUCUGCUGGUCAAAUUUGUAGACAUAGAUGGAUGCGCCUACGUACGGUCAAAAGUACUCCCUCCGUCUCAUAACAAUUUAAGAUGUUUUUUGACA